AGUCUCCAAAUGUUAGCACUCCAGUUCGCAAGAAAAGUCGUCUGUGUCUAGUGUCGCGCCGAAGUUUUCCACCAUGGGGGAGGUUUCUGAUGCAGUGAAAAAGUGCUGCAGCAUAUUGAAGAACUCUACGAGCGAUACCGAAAAGUUUGCAGCCCUCUUUAUGGUGACAAAACUAGUGAAAGGAAAGCAUGCUACUCCCAAUGCCAAGAAAGCUAUAUUCGAGGCAAUCGGCUUCGACUUCUUACGCAGGCUCCUGCUCACUACGGACGUCCCUGUGGAUUGCCCUCCUUCCAUCUACAAGUCUCUAGCACUAUCCAUAAUCACAGUGUUUUGCAAUGAAGAAGAAAUUGCCAUCAAGAAGGAACUCCUUGAUUUUGUCCCAGUUUUCCUAGAUAUUGUCAAAGCAGCUGACGAUUCGGAGAACGACGAUAGCCUGAUGGCGAUUGGUGAGGCAUACAACUGCCUCAAAGGCAUAGCAUCCUUUGCACCUGGUCAAAAAGCACUCAUAGAAGCAAAUGCUAUAGACAGGCUAAGUGAAAUCUAUUCACAAGGUAGUUUCCAGUCUGAUGAAGCACUGAAUGUGAUGGCAGUACUUGUAGCAAAGCAGGGAGCUUCUUGGGACAACAAAGACCCCAAAGCUUAUCAUGCUCUGUUGAACAAAAUCGCCCUAGAUUUUGAGACAGAUCAGGAUAAACGCAAAUUCGAAAUUUGUGAAGUACUCAAUGCUCUGGUAUACAACUGCCCGCGAAAUGUUAUUGCUGAAUCAGCACAGAGUGAGUCGUGGCCCCAGAGUGUGUAUAAAGGUCUCUGUGAUGUGCUACAGAGCAAAAUUGGCGCAUCUCAACGAAACCCUGCACUUAUCUUAACUUCCAGCAUGUUGGACCAUCUGGGGAUUGAAUGGAUUUUCAGUGAUGAGGAAAAGGGCAAACAAGUUUUCCUGUUGCUUAUUCAACUGGCUGCCAUUGAAAUCAGAAUGCAACUUGAUGGAAAAAUUCUCAAAGCUUUGGCGCCUCAACAAAACCUCAUAACAGCUUGUUAUCUCAUAUUAGAACAGUCAAUAAACUUCAUAGCAACAGAUCAAAUUGACCUAGAUCAAAAAGAAAAACAAACUUUGUACACUGGCUUGAAAGGAGCCUUCACAGCUAUAGUGAACCUGCUCAUCAAAGUUUCCAAUGACAAAAACAAACCUAGUGGUGAAGAUAAGCUUUUUAUUUGUGCCACAAUAAGAGUGCUAGUAGCAUGGCUAGCUCAAGAAACAACAGCUAUGAGAACCCAAAUUUACCAGCUCUUGCCUUUCAUUCUUGAGUUAGCUAAUGAAACAUUUUACUUGUACAGAGCUAGACGCAUUGCUGAGAAAGCUGGUACCCCACAGGCUAAUGACCCUCUUAGUAAUGUAAAUAUUUUGCGUGUAAUGUUACCUGCCUUGUGUCACUUGGCUGUAGAAGAUGAAGCAAGGCAGAUAAUGCUCAAAGGAAAAGAGGCUCAGGUGUUAUUGGAUGUACUAGAGUUCCAUUGGACAAUUGUACAUUACAAGAGACCACCAGUGCCUAGAUCUGAACGUUUGAAAGUCCUGAGUCAACCAGUACCUGAGCUUACCCCAGAAAUCUUGGAAGACAUGAAGGAUUCCAGACUUGCCAUGAUCAGUGCUUGCAAUGUGCUCAUGAAUCUGACCGUUUUAGAGCCAAAAUACGUGGAGGAGUCUGAGGAGUUCAACAAUCUUCUGAAAUUCAUUUUUGAGAAUCUACCAGAGUUGAAAGACAUACCAGAAAAUUUGGUAUUGCAUGGGAACUUGGCCAUCUUAGGACUGCUGCUGCUCAAGCAACUAUCAAAGAAGGUGAAAAAGAACGAUUUUUCGAUUUGCCGGUACAUUCAAGCAACCAUACGGUUCCUUUGGGAUGCCUACAACAUAGAUGAGUCCAAUGAUCCUACUGCAUUGGUGGUUUCUAUGGCUUACAAGGAACACUGGAUGGAACUGAUGGAGUUAUGGUUUCUUGGGAUGCAGACUCUGGCAGCAGUUAUUGCUCAAAUCCCUUGGAUAUCUGAAUUUGCAAUUGAAAGCGGCUGGGCCGAGGGUAUCAUAGCACUAUUGAAGAAAGUCAAAAUCGGCACAUUGCCUCCAAAUGUUAAAUCCGCUUUUGAAGACUUUUUGUGCCAUCUUGUUGAUGCCAAUGAGAGUGUAGUAGAUGUUUUGAAGAAGGCUGAAGCUCUUAGAGUUUGUCGGAAUCAUAGACUCAUGGAAUUAGGAAAAAAGCUGUUUGGUGAUUGAAUUUUGUGCUGGAGAAAAUUUUAUAAUCUAAUUUCAUGCUGAUUUCAUAUUAUUAAUUGUUUUCCCAGUAAUGUUUUGAUAAUUAUUCGGAACUAGCAAAUGCAUUUGUUCUAUUGCAAACUAAUUUUGUAAGGAUUUUGAUACAAAACUGUAUAGUGAAGCUGAGAUAUGAAAAUAAAGCUAUUUCUAUUUGUU